CGUGACGCCCAGACGGUUUCUAAGGAAGUCGAGUUUGUUCGAGGCUAUACGUAAACAUCCGGUUAGAUACCAAAAAAGUGAACGUUUUGUUGUUAGAAAUUCAUUUUAAUUUUGUGUUUAUUAACGUACAGACGAAAGUCAAAAGGUAUAAUACAAAAUGGACUCUACAUAUCUGAAGAAACACUUAGGGAACAGUUUAACAGCCUGUUUAGCUGAAGUAGCAGAGAAAAGACCAAGGGAUCCAGUUGAAUACAUAGCACAAUGGUUAUAUAAAUAUAUGGAAAAUCAGAAUCAUGCUGCAGAGAAAGUGAGAGAAAUUGAACAAUUAGAAGAAGAAAAGAAGAACUUUGUCAAAGAUGAGGAACUGAAAGAAAAAAGGAAGUUGGAAGCAGAACAGAUUGCCAAAGAGGAUGAAGAAAGAAGACAGGCUGAUGCAGAGAGAGCAUUGAAAGAGAGUUCAUCAACAAAACUUCCACCUGUUAUUGAGGCAAAUGAACCAGCUGAAGACAUGUCAAAGGUGACUGAAGAAACAUCAGAACAGAAAACAGAUGAAACAGAGAAAAAAGAAGAGGAGGAAGAGAAAAAGGAAGAAGAACCAGAAAGUAAAGAAGAAGACAAGGAAGAAACAGAAGAGAAAGAAGGAGACCAGGAAGAUUAAUACCAGGAUAAUACUCAUUUUAACUGUGUAUCAACAUUCAAAACAUAGGGAGAUUGUCAAAUACCUUUUUUGUCUUCCUACUACAAGAUAAGCAAAAAGUGGAUGUAUUUUUACACAAAUUUCAAAAAAGAAAUCUAUAAUGUUAAAUAAUUGAUUGCAUUUUUUUGCAGAAGUUUUUGAUUGUUUAAAGCACACAAUAGGAAAGGAACCUAAUUGUUAGUUGGCCUUACUUAUUAUGUUUGUCAUCACAAUAUUAUGUAGAGUAAACUUUAUCAAACAUGGAUUUUUGCCUUACACUGCACAAUAGCUCUUAUUGAAAAUGUAGUCACUAUUUUACAUGAGAUUAAUUGCUAUGAAUGAAGUUAGGUUUGACAUGUUGCCAAUUGUUUAAUUUUUGCAACAAUUUUGAUUUUUUUAAAUCUAACUAAAGAUUAUUUGACCAUUUGUCUUAUUUUAAACAUUUACUAUUUAUAGGUGUAUUUUAUCAACCAGAUUAAGUUUUCAGUAUUAUAGAUAUUGUUUAAUCAGCAUAUUUCAGAACUAUAUGUUUUGUUCUAAGUCAAAAUGGUGCUGAUUAUUAAUUGAAGCAUUACUAACAAUAACAAACCAAUACGUGCCAUUAUGUAUAGAUACACAGUCCCUGUCUUAAGUGGCCCCAUGGAUACAAUGGUCUAUCAUUUUAAACAGUGUUCUCCCCAGGGCCUUUUAGCAUGAUGGUUAUGGAUGCUAUAUUUUUAAAUGUGAUGCUAUCUGAAUUGGGUUUCUUAUAGAUUAUGUUACAGAUGUGAUGCUAUAAUUUGAAGAAGCACGAUGGUAUUUCAAAUUUCCUUGUAUACCAUGAUGCUAAAUGCAAUCUCUGAGGAGAACACUGAUUUAUACAAUGUCCAGUUUGUAUCAGCUUUAAGUAUUUCAUGGAAAUCUUUGCAGAUAACAAAGACCCUGCUAAUACAGUACUAUAAUGGUUAUUUUAUUGGAAUUUUAAAUGUUUUGUAACCUACAUGGAUUAUUAAGUUUCUAAACAAUAGCUGUUGCAGUGAAGGUCAUAUUAGGAGAGGGACAUCUAGUGAUAGUAUAAUUACACCACAUCUUGCCUUUAUUUUUUAUGUAUUAUUUUCUCUGGUCAUUAUUUAAUCAAACAGUGCUCGUACAAUCCUAAAACAGCAUUCCUUAUUUUUGAUGUGAUAAAAAUAUUUAUGAUUUGUUUAUAUGAUUUAUUUAUUGUGAAAUUUACAGAAUAAAUAUUAUGAUUUUC